AUCGUUCCGACGUGAAAAUGAGCGGAGAGUAUGAGAUCCCAUGCAGUUCCGGCAAUUAAUGAAAGCACUCAACUACUUUUCUUUGAUGAAUGCGACUGAAAGAAAUUGCAGUGAGGAUCGCGUAUGUCGUAGGUGAAACUUCUAAAUGUGUGGCUGUAAGAGAAAGCAUCCGCGCGAUAAAAAUGUCGUGGGAGUGCCAACUAGCACCAAAAGCGAUUGAUGGCUUAAUUAAUUUCCAAUUUGUGAUGAUCUAUUGAACUGCGAAUGGUCAGCACCAGCAUCGUCACCGGCGUGGUCACUUCGCGGAAGAAGCUACGGACAGGAGUGGUUGUGUACGUAGAACCUACCGAAUCAGAAGACGUCGAUCAUGGCUGCAAGAGACAGCGUGAAUCGGUGGAGUCAAAAGCACCUGCCAACGCGAGCGACAGAGGGGUUGAGCUUUCAUGCCGACUCGGACUCAACGUCAACACCACGAGUACAAUCCGGCUCUUCAUCGCUAGACCAAGUGCAACGACCGGUGAAAAAGUCGCUGUUGCCGAGAUUUUCGAUUUUGUGCCUCCCCAGGCAGCUGUCGAGGAACGCCAGGAGGGAGCAGAAGAGAAAUUACGCAAUACGGCCCGCAUCGCACCAGAAGGUGAAGAUGCCAAAACUUUUGAAGAUCAUUUCCGACUCUACCGUGAGAAAGUGGCACACACGCACGUUGGAAGCCGGUUGCGGAUUCGAGUGGACCCGACGAAUCCUGCAAAGCCGGCGGAACUAGUUUUCGGGGACGAUGCUGUCUGUGAUGACUGCCAAGUUGUGGGAGACGACCAGGCCAGCGGCAAAGCAGCUGGCGCUUCUCAACUUUCUUGCGGCGCCGACGCAGGAGCAACGCCGCGGCUAGUUAUUGGGACCGAAAUAAGCGGCCCACAGAGCAGGAACGAAGCAGACGGGCCUGAAACAACCCAAUGCGUCGAAGAUGAAAGUUGUUUCGAUCAUUCAGAGACAUCAUCAGACAGGCGCUUGUGCCCAGCUUUGCGACGAAAAGCGAUCAUGCAGCUCCUCUGCAGAAGAGGACACGAUUCUUCCGACUCCGAAAAAGCCGAAGCCAGCGAAAGAGCAGACCGGAUCACCAGCCUUGUUCGACGUAUAUUCAGCGAAGCCAUGGCGCAAACGUGUUUUUUGAAGGAUUCUUCAAGGUGCACUAAACCAAGAGCCAUCAGUGGCAACACGCCUAUCCUUCCUACUCCGAAGCCAAAGAAGUGCUUCCUGCAAUUUCGACACGAGCCUACAGAGGCCGACUUGCAAGAUAUCCGAGCCGCAGCGUCUCAAAGUCGAGAAAGCCAAAGGAUAAACCGACAAACAGUGGCGAGACAGGUUUUUUCUGCCAGUGGGUGCGCGAAUGAAACGGACAUGAAUAGCCAUGGAGAGAAAAUUUCGCAGCCAGCAUCAGCAACCGUCGCUGACGGGAUCGAAGCCACUUCGAAGCACCGGCGCGCCCACUGUUUUGCGAAAUGGAUCGUGGAGACGUACCAGGAGAGGCUGAAGCUGCUAGAUCGGAAAACUUCUAUUAUCCUAGACGUGGCGGGCGGUACGGGGGACUUGUCGGUGAUCCUGCGGAGCGAAUACGGCUUCGAAAAUGUCUUCACCGUAGACCCCUGGAAACCGGAAAAGUGGAAAAAAUGGCAACUGCGGAAAAUCAUGAACGUUUCUCGUCAAGACCAAGAGCAUGGGCGAAGAACAAAAACGUGCGGCGAACUAUCAAACAGGAACACUACGACCGAACUCACAAAAGAAAGUUAUCAGGCCAUUGAUGAGUACACCGAAGCUGCAGCACUACUCGACCGGUUUUUCGUGCGGGAAAAGUUCGAUUUUUCGUCUGCCCCUUCGCCAAAGCUAUCCUCCCUGAUCCAAAAUUGCGACCUGAUCGUGGGUCUGCAUCCUGACCAAGCGACGGAGCCGAUCGUGGCCGUAGCGGGAAAAUUGAGGAAGCCAAUGUGCGUCGUGCCGUGCUGCGUCUUUGCAGAUCAGUUCCCGGAAAGGCGGCUGAAAGUCGUGGAAGCAGAUCGGAAGGAAGAGCGACAGAGUAACCUCCUCUGCGACGACGAUGAAGAAGGUGAUUUUGGAUUAGUGUGUGAAGAGGCCCCCGCCUCGGCUGCGAGUGUAGUGUCUGAAGAAGAGCCAAUCGUUUGGCAGCCGGUCCGGGAUUACCCGAGUUUUUUAAAGUACCUGCGACAGCGAUACGCACCUACUACGGACGCAUCCGACUCGGUCCAUAAAUCCGGUUUCGCGGCGGGAGACGGAGGCUUGGGCAACAGCAUCGAGUGUGCCGCGUUGCCGAUGCCAGGAAAAAGUCUGGUGCUGUACACGAUGAUCACGACAUCAACAACUCACUGCUAGCCUGAGUAAAUGUCUGUAUACACAUACGGUUUCGAGAAUGUUAGCGACGAUCUUUCUACUUAACAUGCGACUUGGCGACAGAUUUUCGUAUUCCGCAGGUUGACGACAAUGACGCCGGCUUUCCGCGCUGACUCUUUCCGACGUCGUGUCCAUACAUUGUGCUACAC